AUGGCUGAAAAAUUCAAAGCAUUCGUGGGAAAUCUUCCACUAGAUUGCAUUACGAGCGAUAUUGAAACUAUUAUUCAGUUUCUCGGCUGGGAUGAAUCAACGACAAAACAAUGCGAAAUUUUUAUGGUACACGAUAAAGAAUCCGGUCGAUUCAAAGGAUUCGCAUAUGUCUCAUUUCCGACAGAGGAACUUCUGUUGACUGCAAUUGAAAACUUAAAUGGAGUGAAUUUCGUAAAUCGUCCUUUAAAAGUGAACCGAGCUCUGCCACGUGAACAUGGUCGAGGAGGCCGUGGAGGUGGUCGAGGAGGUCGUGGCGGUAGUUUUGGUGGACGGCGGAAUGAUAAUCAUAAUGAAGGACAUGGUGGACAUCAUGGUGGAUCAAACGGCGGAAGAAGACCACGGAACAGGGUGCGAAGUCGUCGUAGUGAAACAGAACAAACUGAGACUGCAGCGCCAGCCCCGCCAUCUGAGCGUCCAAGGCUCAAUUUGAAGCCGCGUUCUACUAAUCCUGAAGAAAUCGCUGCUUUGAAAAAGAAGGAAGAGGAAGAACUCGCUAAACGUAUGGAAAAACUUUUCAAUUAA